AUGGCUCGUCUCUUCAUUCUAAACGUCUUCUUCGUUUUAGUAGCAACCACCACAUCUCUGACUAAACACAACCCAAAGCCCAAGCCAAGACCAAAGCAAAACCCUCAUGCUUUUGUACUUCCGGUCUUUAAAGACAUCAAAACCGGUAUCUACUACGCCAACGUGACCGUCGGCAAACCAUCGCUUGUGGUUAACCUAGCUGUGGACGUUAGAGGCUCAGCCUUAUGGUUCCAGUGCGACAAGCUUGGCUAUAACUCAACCACCUACAACCCUAUUCUCUGUGGGUCCAACUGCUGCAAACAAACUAAAGAUCAGUGCCUCACUUGCCUGGGCACCUACGGACCAUCUUGCAGAAACGACACUUGUCACGCUUACCUCCAAACCCAAAUGACCUACAACACUGUCCUCGCUUCUCUAGUUAAAGAUGAUGUUGUCCUAAGCUACACGUCACCAUCAACGAGGCUGCCUCAGAGGUCGUGGCCGGGCUUCCAUAUGGUACUCAGGGCAUUCUCGGACUCGACGAGUCAUUGGGGCGGUACAAAGAUCAGCAACAUAAUCCCUUACACUCUCUUGGAGACUUCCAUCUACAAAGCUCUAGCUAAAGCCUUCGUUGGAAAAGCUCAGAAGCGAAAAGCCGUGUAUCCAUUCGCUGACUGUUUUAGCUAUAAAAAUUUUGGAGGAAAAUCUCUGAUGGAAAAAGAGAGUCCGGUGAUCAGUUUGGUGUUAGCAGGAGGAGUCAAGUGGGAUAUCUACGGACCAAACUCGCUUGUGAAGGUGACCGUUUUGUGUUUAGCGUUUGUGGAUGCUGGAGAUGGUCCAAGAAUUCCUAUUGAGAUUGGAGGAUAUCAGAUGGAAGAUAAUCUUGUUGAGCUUGAUCUUGAUGCCUCGAAGUUUUCUUUCGCUUCUUCUCUUUUUCGUCACAAUACAUCAUGUAGUGGACUGUGA